AUGAAUGACAUCCUUAAACACUCUGGCAUAGUUGAUUGUAAGCUGGUCUCCACGCCUGUUUCUCUUGUGAAGUCUGCAGAUGCUUCGGUGGUUCCCUAUGCUGAUCCUACUCAGUAUCGAAGUGUGGCAGGUCAUAUGCAUGCUCCCACGACUGCUGACUGGUGCAUGCUCAAACGGGUCAUCCGGUAUGUUAAAGGUACUCUGCAUUAUGGACUUCAUGUUACGAAAUCCUUAUCUAGUGAGCUUCAUGCUUUCUCGGAUUCGGAUUGGACUGGUAAUCCUGAUGAUCGAAAGUCCACGAGCGGUUUUGCGGUGUACUUUGGGAGUAAUCUGGUCUCUUGGUCGUGCCGGAAGCAGCGCACGGUGGCUAGGUUGUCCACUGAAGCUGAAUACAAAGCUCUAAUGGAUGUGACUGCAGAGGUGACUUGGCUUGUGUCUCUUUUGAAGGAGAUUGGCUUACCUGCGCGAUCUGUUCCACGAUUAUGGUGCGACAACUUAGGAGCCACGUAUUUAUGUGCGAAGCAUGUGGGAGAUUGA